GAAAGAGAUACAGACAAACAGAGACAUACAGUCUCGGUAAAACUAUAGCAAGAAUAUGAAUAAAGAAUAGAAUAAAAUGUCCGCUAGAUUAUGUAGAUUAUCAAUUAUUAGAUAUUAAUCUAAAAUUAAUAUACAUACUGUAUUGAUAAUAAUAAACCUUUUCGCACUUGUAGUCUUUAUUCUUAAAUCUUCAUCGCGCUUGUGGGUUGAACGCACUGAACAUUUAUUAAACAAUCAUAAAGUGAAUAGAUAUUACGAGAGAUUAAUCCAGCUACAGUCGAAGAUUCUAUUGAUCCUAAUCCGUAGUAACGCAGAGCGAAAUAUGUAAACAGUAAGCGUUGAAAGACCAUGGAAUACCGGAGUGCUUCUCGUACACCAAUAUCUCGCCCAGGAUCGAGGCUAUUUACUCCAACUGUUGAAGAUGUACCUAGAACUCCAAAAAAUAAUACUAGACCAGCAGCCGCCAAAAGUUCUUUUUACCAUAAUAUAUCAAAGCAGGCGAAUCCUCCAAGGAAUGAAGUAGAGAGUCAAUACGUCGGAUUAUUCGCCGAUCAGGAUCAGGCGUUUACCUUCAUAUAUAAAACUGCUAGGAGAGUGAUAAUAUGUCACACGUGGAUGCAGAUAAUCAUGCAGUUCAAGAGAAAAUUAGAAAGGCAGGUUCGAACUUUUUACGAUCUUGCCAAUGAGCUGGAAGAGCAGACUACUUAUAAAUCUAUGGAAGAGAAUAAGCUUGAGUUUGAUCCUAAAUAUUUUCAAGCUAAAAAAGAGAUCUCAUUACCAUACGACGUUAAAUACGCUCUCACUUUAAUAUCUAACGCUAGAACACCUGAAAUGAUUCAAAGAAUAUUACACGGUUUACAAAGGCUAGACGCCUAUUCGGAUUAUCCUUUGCAUUUACAAGAACGUCUAGCAAGGGUAGCCUGGUUUAUGGAAGUGACGCCUAAACGUCUCAUCUUAAAGGAGGGUCAUUCGGCAGAGAAUUUUUAUUUUAUCCUCUCAGGGGUUGCUGCUGUGACUAAGAAAAAGUUGGGCCCGUACGGAUACGAGAACGAGACUGUUGGGCGUUUAGUUAGAGGUCAGAGUUUUGGCGAAGUUGCUCUACUUCAUCAUUCAAAAAGAACUGCUAGCAUCGAAAGCGUCUCUAAAAUGAAUUUAUUAGUUAUAGCACGAGAUGAUUUCUUAGAUAUAUUUUACUCAUCAAAAGACGAUAACGAACCGGAGCAUUUAAAAUUCUGCAGAACUAUAUCGUGGAUGAAAACAUGGCCAAUUCAUCUAAUGAUGGAGCAUCCUAAAGAGUGCAUUUUUCAUUAUUUUAAAAGAGGAACAGUAGUGGUUCCCGACAGUUUAAAGAAUGAAUUUGUUAUCUUAGUGAAAUCUGGAAAUUGCGUUGUAAUGAAAAAUUUAAUGGCGGCAAAGCCAAAAAUUGUUAAACAAAUUCCGCCGUCAAGUAGUCAACUUUUCCUUCCUCGCUUGGGCAUUGCAGAACAACGUCCAAGAAUUGAUAGUAGACUGUCCUCCAGUAAAACUUGUAAUACUGCUAGAAAGUCAAAAUUAUGCAAUAUUGAUGUAUUCUUAAAUAAGCUUGACGAAAGUGAAACCUCUAGGGAAGGGAGUUUUUCCUCAAAUUUUAAAGUCAGACCUGAUACGGCGCCUGAUAUAAACCUAAGUUCCAACUCUACUCAACCUGGAAUGUCUAAUAGUAAAUUUUCACAAAAUCGACCAGGCGGAAGUAGAUCGGGGCAUACUAAAAUUGGAAUGAGUUCUGGUAAACAUUAUAAAUUCGUUUCGGAAUUCGAUGAAAAAAUACCAAGUAACAUGAUAUGGGUUCCCCUUGAACGAGCCGACGAUGACGCAACAGUAGUUGUUCAAUUGAAAAAACUCAGACCAGGAGACGCCUUUGGUUUGGAGAAUAUUGAAUUGGAAAAUGAACAAAGGACAGACGACCCCAAGGUGUCUGUAACUUUGGUGAGCAACGGAGCGGAAUUAAUUAUGAUAGGGCGUCACUUUUUUCAAAAGCACAUGGACGAGCACAUAAAGAGAUAUUUAAGGGAGCAAAUAAGACCAUAUCCUUCCAACGAUCGUUUACAAGCAAACCUACAAGUUGAAAUAAACUGGGAGAAUCAUAGGAAAUCUGCGGUGCAAAAUUUGUUAGAUUCAAUAAAAAAGUAUUAA